UGAUGUUCGAAAGUUUAUUCGAAUAUUACAAAAUGAUUUUGAAGAUAAAAUGAGGAAUACAGAAGCGGAAGGUACAAUUUCUAAACUUUUUAUUGGCACUAUGAAAACUCAUAUUAAAUGUGUUAAUGUGGAUUAUGAGUCUUUGCGUUUUGAAGAUUAUUAUGACGUUCAAUUUGAUGUUAAAAAAUGCAGCACUCUAGAAGAUUCUUUUACUGAAUAUGUACAAGAAAAAAUUUUAGAUGGAGACAAUAAAUACCAUGCAGAAGUCUAUGGCCUACAAGUUGCCAAAAAAAGUGUGGUCUUUGAAAGCUUUCCACCUAUAUUGCACAUACACUUAGAUCGUUCUGAAUACGAUGCGCAGAAUAACAUUUCAAAUAAUCGUUACGAAUUUCCUAUGGAAAUUGAUUUACAAAAAUAUUUAUCACCAGAUGCAGAUAAGUCAAAGCCAUAUAAAUAUAUAUUGCAUGGUGUACUUAUUCACAUCACUGACAAUGACCGGGAUCAGUAUUUUGCUUUGUUAAAAACAGAAAAAUAUGACGAUUG